ACUUCUGUCAACAUAGUCAUAUGUGUGCGACAAGCAGGGCAGUCGUCAAGACUGCUGUCCAAGUUUAUUAAGCGUCCCGAUAACUGAGAAGGUUCGUGGAAUCCGUUCUGCCGUCAUAUAUCGUCGCGGCCAAGGCGAGGUACGAUUGCAUUUGCAGGACACAGAGCGUACGAAAGACAACAUGCGGCUCGUCCUGGACAGACACCUGAUCAUCGACACCGACUGCGGUAUCGACGAUGCCCUGGCCAUCAUGCUGGCUCUCAACUUGCCCACGUCGGUUGAAGCUGUCACGUGUGUGGCAGGAAACACGGAUGUAGACAGCAUCUGCGAGAAUGUCUUCAGGGUCCUGCAUCUCUGCAGACGGUCAGAUAUCCCUGUGUACCGUGGCUGCGAACAACCCCUGGGAGGACCUUACGAUCAUGCUCAUCACUACCAUGGCACCGACGGCCUGGGAGGAAUCGCGGAGGAAUAUCCCACCGGGGAAAUGCAGAUAGAGACAACGCACGCAGCUGUGGGCUUGGUCUCUAUGGCCAAGCGGGAUCCGGGGAAGUACACGCUGGUUCUCUUGGGACCCGUCACCAAUGCAGCAGUUGCCCUAACGUUAGACCCCGGAUUCACCAAGAAUCUAAAAGACAUCUUUGUGCUUGGUGGAAACGUCGCAGGGAGAGGCAACGUUCUACCCGGUGCAGAGUUCAACUUCAAAACGGACCCACAAGCCAUCCACGUGUUGCUUGCACGUGCAGAGUGUCCCAUUACCAUCGUGCCUUGGGAAGCCGUGGUCAACUCUACAAUUCCGUGGGACAUAUUCGAGGAAAUGUGCCGUCGAGAGACGUCAAAGAGCAACUUCUUCAAGACUGUCACACGUCAUACUUUGACGUACCACGACGAAGUGUCCAGCGACGGCUUCCAGCUGGGAGACAUCUUGGCCGUCGUGGCUGCCCUCGUGCCAGACGCCAUUUUGGAGUCCAAGAAGACUCGCGUUGCCGUGGAACUCUCGGGUACCUACACCAAGGGCCAGUUGGUUCAAGCCUGGACGCCAGAUAUGUUGCCAACAGUGAAAAGAACGGUAGACAUCGCUAGUCGGUUCGACAAGCGUCUGCUCUCAGAGUUGCUUGUCCGAAUGCUGGUGUGACGUCAUGUAAAGCUUGUUUUUAGAGUGUGUUGCAACGUUUCAAUAUAGAGGGGUGUUUCUUGGGGAAUCCAGUUUUGAAUUGAAGAAGGACACUAGAGAAAGCUUUGGGCAAGCCUGAGGGACAAGACGCGAACGCAUCAUUACACACACGAGCGUUAAGUUUUACAUUUCAGUCCAUGUUACUUGAUUAUCCGAGA